UGUUUGAUACCCACACUCCAGUUCCUUGCCAAGUGUCGUAGAGCUAAGACGUCGUGAUGAUCUCUCUCUUUCGACUUCAGUGCCGCUGUUGACCGUCUAACGUUUCAUUGAUUUUGCACGCUUUCUAUCAUCAAUUGUCCACCAUGAGUACAUCUCAGCAGGAUGACUACCAACGCUACAUCACAGACAAUAUGGUGGAACUUGUUCAAAAGUUGUGUGUGUCUGCUAUAAUAGACCAUUUACUCUCACAUCGUUUGGUAACAAUGGAAGAAGGUCAUCAACUGAGUCGAUGUUCUACUGAGCAAGACAGAGCUAGGAUGCUGUUUUAUCACAUUCUACCAUAUAAGGGAAAUGAUGUUGUUGGUAGAUUGUGUAACGUCCUUGUGGAUGCAGGACAGCAUCACAUAAUAAGUGAAGUUAUGAGGAAAGAAGUGCGACAACCACACGUUGUCCAAAGACUGACAACAACGGAGAAUACCCAUGGGACACCAAGCGAUCUCCAAGUUGCUGCUACCGGUGUUGGAGAGAUGGAAAUGCUGAAAGAUCAGGUGGCUGUAGGAGACAAGAUCGUCAAGACUAUGCACGUACUGGAGGAAGCUAAGAAAGUUAUCUACAAGGCUACAGGUGACAGUGGAAGUGUAGAAAUCCAGGGCAGAACUCUGCAGUACGAAGUGAAAGGUGGUUUCUACAAAUGGAAAUACCAAUUCACAGGAAAGGCGUGGGACUCUGUUACCGAGAUAACUGUAAAUAGCAAAGGCUGGAAAAGUUCGGGAGGAGCAAGAGAACACGUGCUCAAAGACCUUGUAGCAGAGCUGAGGAAGAAGGGAUUCCUGAAGUAGUUCCAGAGCAGCAACCGGAUCUAGAAGAAGAACCGCUGUCUUUCAGUUAGAUCAGCCACAAUAGCAUGAUUGUAUGUAGG